AUGGAUGAACACGUGUCCAAGCCCAAGUGGGUCUCUUCGCUCUCGGACGAAAAUGUUGAAACGGAGAAGGAACCUUUGUCAAAGCCCGAGGAACCCAUAGACGAAGAUUUGGAUGAACCCGACGAAGAUUUGGAUGAGCCCGACGAAGUUGCGAAUGCGGAAGAAGAUGAAAUUGAGGAUGAAGAACCGAUCACGGAGUCGGCAGCUGCGUGGCUGGGCAGGCCGCCCAAAGAGCAAAACGCUCUUAGAAAACUUGCUCGAGCUGCACGCCUGCACCACCUCGGCCUUAAAUGCAUAGGGCCGGGAAGGGUUGUUGAGGGAUUAGUGCUUGGUGCACAGGUCUGCCCAUCAUCCACAAUCAUCUCGUUCGAGACGGGCGUUUUCUAUAAAGACGGCCCGACAAACCACGUUGGACUGAGAAGCCGAUGUGUGCCCUGCAAUGGGCGCUUCAAGUUCAACGAGUUUCUAGGAAGUUUUUCCCUGAAAGCAGCCGAUGGAGACACAGCAUGUGGCCAUGGGAGUUCUGAAAGAGUUGAGAACUCUGCUCGAUCAAGCGUGCUCCAAGCAAUGGCGCCCGACGACAGAAUUGAUGGAAAGCAUCAUCAGGGAAUCGGUCAAAGUGAUCCCGGCUUCCAGGUUGAUUAA